AUGCCUGGUGGAAGUAGGGACCCUCUUGUUGUUGGGCGUGUGAUUGGGGAUGUAUUGGACCCUUUUCAAUGUUCUAUUCCUAUGAGAGUCGCUUACAAUAAUAGAGAUGUUAGCAAUGGGUGUGAGUUCAAACCCUCACAAGUUGUCAACCAACCAAGAGUAGCUAUUGGUGGAGAUGACCUCAGGAACUUCUACACCCUGAUCGCUGUUGACCCCGAUGCACCUAGCCCAAGUGACCCCAAUUUGAGGGAAUAUCUCCAUUGGUUGGUGACUGAUAUUCCAGCAACUACGGGGCCAAGUUUUGGUCAUGAGGUUGUGACUUAUGAAAAUCCACGACCGAUGAUGGGGAUUCAUCGUAUCGUCUUUGUGUUAUUUCGUCAACUGGGUAGGGAGACAGUGUAUGCCCCAGGAUGGCGCCAGAAUUUCAACACAAGAGAAUUUGCUGAACUUUACAAUCUUGGAUUGCCAGUUGCUACUGUAUAUUUUAACAUUCAGAGGGAGUCUGGUUCCGGAGGAAGAAGAUUAUAUUAA